CAUCAACACACUGGUGUGGUGUAUCGUCAUGUCCACUGCCUAGACACAACUCAAAACCAGCACAUUGGAAAUGAAAAAGUAAGGAAGGGGGAUCUUCAUUUGCAGCAAUGAGUCUGAGACUAUUGUACUCGAUUCACUUCCAAGCCAUCCUUCUCUUGUUCAUUGUACUGCUGCAUAUAAAUUCAACUCUUGCUGUUUUUGCUGGUAGUAUUGGGAAUGAGACAGAUCGACAGGCACUGUUAGCCUUCAAGACGCAGAUAAGUCAUGAUCCUGAAAACGUUUUUAGCUCUUGGAAUGAUUCCCUCCACUUCUGCGAAUGGGAAGGUGUUACAUGCGGCCACAAGCAUAGAAGAGUCACUAUAUUAGAUCUUCAGUCCAGAGGUUUGGUGGGUUCCUUGUCUCCAUUCAUAGGAAACCUUAGUUUCAUUAGAGAAAUCGUGCUCUUCAACAACACCAUUGGUGGCGAAAUACCUGAUGAAGUUGGUCGUCUAUUCAGGUUGGAAGCAUUGUUCUUGUAUAACAACUCCUUCAAUGGGCAAAUUCCCGCAAACCUUUCCCACUGCUCCAACCUAAAGUUCCUUAGUGUAGGAAAAAAUAAUCUGUCCGGUUCAAUCCCAGUGGAGCUUACAUCUUUGUCAAAGCUGGAGUCGCUUUCUGUUCACAUGAACAAUCUUAAUGGAGAAAUCCCACCUUCCAUCGGGAACCUUAGCUCUCUACAACGUAUAUCUGCCCCCUAUAAUGUCCUGGGAGGACAUAUUCCAGAUUCCAUGGGUCAAUUAAGAAGCUUAACGUUUCUUGGACUAGGUGACAAUAAAUUCUCCGGUAUGAUUCCUCUAUCUUUAUACAAUCUUUCGUCUAUUGUGAUUUUUGCAUUGGCCAACAAUGAUCUUGGAGGAAGUCUUCCUACAGACUUAUUCCUCACCCUUCCUCAUCUCCAUUGGUUUCAGAUUUAUGGAAACCAAUUUACCGGAUCUAUUCCAGUCUCAUUAUCUAAUGCUUCAGAGUUGAAAGUCUUUUCAGCUGAAUUGAACAAUUUUACAGGAAAAGUGUCUGUCAAUUUUGGAGGAUUACAACGUUUUUUGAAACUUAAUAUUUAUGGAAAUAACUUAGGAAGUGGAGAUGCUGAUGAAAUGGAUUUCUUUCAAUCUCUAGUCAAUUGUAGCAGUUUUCAGUAUAUGGGUCUUGCAGCGAAUCAAUUCGAAGGUACAUUACCUAAAGCUUUGGGCAAUCUUUCAACACAGCUUAAAUUUUUCUCAAUUAGCCAAAAUCUUAUUUUUGGAGAAAUUCCUUCAGGAAUUUGUAAUCUGGUCAACUUGACCAACUUAUAUAUGGCUGAUAACAAAUUAACAGGUACAAUUCCCAGUGAUAUUGGUAAUCUUCAAAAAGUGCAGCGAUUAUAUCUAGGUGGGAAUAGACUUUCAGGAAGGUUACCAAUUACCCUUGGAAACCUAUCAUUGCUAAAUUAUUUGAGCAUAGAUAAUAACAAAUUGCAAGGAACUAUCCCUUCAAGUAUAGGAAAUUGCCAAAAUUUGUUGUUAAAUCUAUCAGAAAAUAAUCUCACUGGUACCAUUCCAAAGCAGCUAUUUGCAAUUUCCAUGCUAUCAAUUUCACUUAAUUUAGCUCAAAACUCUUUUGUUGGAUCAGUACCAUCAGAGGUCGGCAAUCUUGUUCAUUUAGUGGAAUUAGUGUUAUCUGAUAAUAAGCUUUCUGGUUAAAUUCCAAGCAACUUAGGCCACUGCACUAGCCUUCUGUACCUUUACAUGGAUGGCAAUUUCUUUCAAGGAGUAAUCCCAACACCCUUGAGUUCUUUGAGAGGUGUUGAAGACAUAGAUCUUUCUAGGAACAAUCUUUCAGGUCAAAUUCCAAAUUUCUUAGAGGAACUGUCCUUGAAGAAUUUGAAUUUAUCCUUCAAUGAUUUUCAGGGUGAGGUUUCAACAAAAGGAAUUUUCAAAAAUGCUAGUGCAGUAUCAUUUGUUGGCAAUAGUAGGCUUUGUGGGGGCAUAUUAGAAUUAAAUUUGCCAAGGUGCUUAACAAAGAAGAAAAGGAAGUGGUCUCUUGCACUCACAAUGGUGAUCUCAGUGGCAUGUGUGAUUGUUGGAGUAACCAUGACCAUGAUGUCAUAUUUCUUAUUUUAUUGGAACAAAAAGAGAGAAAAAGAUAACUCUUCAAAUUCUUCCUUGAGACAAUCACUUUUGAAAUUGAGUUACCAAAUGCUUCUUAAAGCUACUGAUGAGUUCUCUUCGGCAAAUUUGAUUGGAGUGGGUGUUUUGGCUCAGUGUAUAAAGGAACUCUUGGUGAGGAUAGAUCAAUUGUUGCAGUCAAGGUACUUAAUCUUCAACGCCGAGGGGCUUCUGAGAGCUUCAUCUCUGAGUGUGAAGCCUUGAAAAAUAUUCGUCACCGGAAUCUUGUGAAGAUCAUAACUUCUUGCUCAAGUAUGGAUUUUCAUGGCAAUGAUUUUAAAGCUCUAGUUUAUGAGUUCAUGCCCAAUGGAAGUUUAGAAAAUUGGUUACAUAUGGAUAUUGAAACGGAAACUGGGCAAACAGAGAGAAAUUUGAACCUUCUUCAAAGAACAAACAUCGCCGUUGAUAUUGGAUGUGCACUAAAUUACCUACAUCACCAUUGCCCAAUGACAGUUGUUCACUGUGAUUUAAAGCCAAGCAACAUUCUUUUUGAUUAUGAUAAUGACUGCUCAUGUUGGAGACUUUGGGCUUGCGAAAUUUCUUUUAGAACUCAUGAAUCCAAAACAAAGCAGCUCUAUUGGAAUAAGAGGAACAAUUGGUUACACUGCUUCAGAAUAUGGUCUAGGAAGUGUUGUGUCAACUAAAGGGGAUGUAUACAGCUAUGGAAUCGUUUUGUGAGAGAUGAUAACAGGAAAGAGACCCACAGAUAGUAUGUUUAGUGAAGGCCUUAACCUUCACAAAUAUGCUAGCAUGGCCUUGCCUAACUGUGUAAUGGAGAUUAUGGACCCAAAACUUUUAAACAAUGAUGAUGAAGUGACUGGCAAUAACAAAUGUAGCACUACAAACAGAACGGAAGAGUGUUUGAUAUCUAUGGUCAAAGUUGGAGUGGCAUGCUCUAUGAUGUUGCCACAAGAACGAUGGGACAUUAGCAAGGUUAUCUCUGAGUUGCACUUGGUCAGGAACAAUCUGCUUAGUGCUAGGAUAUAGUGCAACGUUCUUGGCUAUAUGGAAG